AUGGACAAGGGAAUGGUGUCUGCCAUAAACGAGAGUCGACUCCAGGCCAGUGGGGUAGGCCAACACAGCAACGCCCAAAACCACAGGAACCAGAGCUUUGAGGCACUACAAGCAACCUGUCUGAGAAAUGGGGAGCUGUUUGAGGACCCCUUCUUCCCUGCAGAGCCCAGUUCUAUUGGCUUCAAGGACCUGGGCCCCCAAUCCAAACAUGUGCAGAACAUCAGUUGGCAGCGGCCCAAGGAAAUCACAAGCAACCCCCAAUUCAUCCUGAAUGGGCUCACUCCCACAGACAUUUGCCAAGGGGUCCUUGGAGACUGCUGGCUGCUGGCCGCCAUUGGCUCCCUUGCUACGUGCCCCAAGCUGCUGUACCGUGUGGUGCCCAAAGGCCAGAGCUUCAAGAAAAACUAUGCCGGGAUCUUCCAUUUUCAGAUCUGGCAGUUUGGGCAGUGGGUGGACGUGGUGGUGGAUGACCGUCUGCCCACCAAGAACUACAAGCUGGUGUUCGUGCACUCAUCCCAGCGCUCGGAGUUCUGGAGCGCCCUGCUGGAGAAGGCAUACGCCAAACUGAACGGGUCUUAUGAAGCAUUGUCUGGGGGCAGCACAACUGAAGGCUUUGAGGACUUCACGGGAGGUGUGGCCCAGAGGCUCCAACUCCAGAGCCCGCCUCAGAACCUGCUGAGGCUCCUGCGGAAGGCCAUUGAGCGAUCUUCCCUCAUGGGCUGCUCCAUCGAGGUCAGCAGUAACAGUGACUUGGAGUCCAUGACAGAGAACAUGCUGGUGAGAGGACACGCCUACGCGGUGACCGGCCUGGAGGACGUCCUAUACAGAGGCAAGAUACAAACUCUGAUCCGGGUCCAGAAUCCCUGGGGCCGAAUCGAGUGGAAUGGAGCCUGGAGUGACAAUGCCAGGGAGUGGGAAGAAAUUGAUCCCGUGAUCCAGUUACAACUGAUGCAUAAGAAAGAAGAUGGGGAAUUCUGGAUGUCCUACCAGGAUUUCCAGAGAAACUUCACCCUCCUGGAGAUCUGCAACCUCACCCCCGACGCGCUCUCCGGGGACUCCAAGAGCUACUGGCACACAGCCCACUAUGAGGGCAGCUGGCGGAAGGGCAGCACAGCGGGGGGCUGCAGGAACAACCCCAGUACCUUCUGGACCAACCCCCAGUUCAGGAUGUACCUCCAGGAGGAUGACCACCAGGAGAAAGAGGACAAGGUGGUCUGCACCUGCCUGGUGGCCCUCAUGCAGAAGACCUGGCGACGCGCACGCCCCCAGGGGGCGCAGCUGCUGACCAUUGGCUUUGUCAUCUUCCCGGUCCCAAAGGAGUUUCAGAACAUCCGGGAUAGCCACUUGAAGAAAGGAUUCUUCCAGAAGCAUCCCGAGAACAGCUUGUCUGAGAUCUACACCAACUCCAGGGAGGUGAGCAACCAGUUCCGGCUGCCUCCGGGCGAGUACGUCAUCGUGCCCUCCACCUUCGAGCCCCACCAGGAUGCCGACUUCCUGCUCCGGGUGUUCACGGAGAAACACAGCGAGUCCUGGGAACUGGAUGAAGUCAACUAUUUGGAGCAGCUCCAUGAGGAGAUGGGCUUUGACAAGGACUUGGAUCCGGACAUCAUUGAGUUGUUUAACAUAGUGGCAGGCGAGGACAACGAAAUAGACAUGUAUGAGCUACAUAACCUGCUCAGCAAACUGCUGGACAGACUCAAGUCCUUCAAGACCCAUACCUUUGGCUUGGAUGCUUGUCGCCGUAUGAUCAACCUCUUGGAUAAAGAUAAUUCAGGCAAGCUGGGGUUUCUGGAGUUCCAGAUCCUGUGGGAAAAGCUCAAGAAAUGGACGGACAUCUUCCUAGAAUGUGAUGUGGACCACUCCGGCACCCUGAACUCCUACGAGAUGCGCUCGGCCAUCGAGAAAGCAGGCAUUAAGGUUAACAACAAGGUGGCUCAGGUGCUGGUGGCUAGGUAUGCAGAUGACAACAUGACUGUGGACUUUGACUGCUUCAUCAACUGCUUCUUGAGGCUGAAGGCUAUGUUCACAUUCUUUCUGACCACGGACUCCAAGAACACAGGCUAUAUUCAGCUGGACCUGCAGCAGUGGCUGCUGGUAACCAUGUGGGGGUAG